AUGGCCGCCAUUUCUAUGCCCAUCGCCGCUCGCGCCGAGUACGCUCUCCACCAGCUGGCCAAGCGUGACAAGAACUGGGCUCAGCGUGAGCCCGGUGUCAUCGUCGUCCUUGUCAUUGUUUUCCUCGUCCUCGUCCUGGUCAUUGCCAUGUUCAUCAACAAGAAGGUACGUCACAGCUUCACCAGCCACCUAACUUUACACAUCUCUAACAUUCAUCACAGAGGCAAGCCGUCAAAGGCGUCGCAUAAGAUACCCCCUUGA